AUGCUGCAGUUUGUCAGCAACCAGGUUGGAGAGUUUCCGGAUCUGUUUUCUGAACAGUUGUGUGGCACCUUCCAGAACAACAGUGCAUGUAAUGGAAAUGGGGCGGCAGAUGUCUCAUCACAGAGGACCUUCAGCCAGGGACAGCUUCAGUCUUUCCCACCUAAUGCAGCUUCUCCCCAGCUUCAGGCAGUGCAAGUGAAAGUGUCCCAGUCGGCUGCUGCAACGCAACGGGCUGCCCCCCCCCUUCAACCUCGUCCUCAGGUUCAGCCUCGGCUUCAGCAACAGACUGUGAUGAUUACUCCAACUUUCAGCUCUGCUCCUCAGACACGGUUCAUUCAGCAGCCUGUAAUUUAUCAAAAUGCAGCCACAAGUUUCCAAGUGCUGCAGCCUCAAGUACAGAGCUUGGUGACUUCCUCUCAAGUUCAGCCAGUCACCAUCCAGCAGCAGGUACAAACAGUGCAAGCCCAGAGGGUCUUCACACAGGCUGCCAAUGGAACCAUCCAGACACUAACCCCAGCCACAGUCCAGACGGUAGCUGCCCCUCAAGUCCAGCAGGUUCCAGUCCUUGUCCAGCCGCAGAUCAUUAAAACAGACUCACUGGUUUUAACAACAUUGAAAGCUGAUGGCAGUCCUGUAAUGACUGCUGUUCAGAAUCCAGCCCUCACAACAUUGACUACUCCUAUUCAGACAACGGCCCUGCAGACCUUAGUUGGUAGCAAUGGGACCAUUUUGACUACCAUGCCCAUGAUGAUGGGAGGGCAAGAGAAGAUGCCCAUCAAGCAAGUGCCUGGUGGUGCCAAGCAACCAGAACCACCAAAGGAAGGCGAGAGACGAACAACCCAUAACAUUAUUGAGAAGCGGUAUCGAUCCUCCAUCAAUGACAAGAUUAUUGAACUGAAGGAUCUAGUCAUGGGAACAGAUGCCAAGAUGCACAAGUCUGGGGUACUGAGGAAGGCCAUAGACUACAUUAAAUACCUACAACAAGUCAACCACAAGCUGCGACAGGAGAACAUGGUCUUGAAAUUGGCUAACCAGAAAAACAAGCUAUUGAAGGGUUUUGACCUAAGCAGUCUGGUGGAUAACGAUGUGGACCUGAAGAUAGAUGACUUCAACCAAAAUGCUCUGCUGAUGUCUCCUCCAGCCUCUGAUUCAGGGUCACAAGCAGGAUUUUCUCCUUAUUCAAUUGAUUCAGAGCCAGGAAGCCCAUUGCUGGAUGAUGCAAAGGUUAAAGAUGAACCGGACUCUCCGCCUGUUGCCCUUGGAAUGGUUGACCGAUCACGGAUGCUGCUUUGUGCUCUCACAUUCCUCUGCCUGUCCUUCAACCCACUAACAUCUCUCCUAGAAGGCCAAAGGACAGCUGAUUCUGACAGUCCUGUACAUCAUGGCUCUGGGAGGAGCAUGCUGACAAUAGGUUCAGGCGCUGGCGGCUGGUUUGGCUGGAUGAUGCCUACUCUGAUUCUGUGGCUUGUCAAUGGUGUCAUUGUCCUGAGUGUAUUCAUAAAACUGCUAGUGCACGGAGAGCCAGUGACUCGGCUGCACUCCCGUUCCUCUGUGACCUUUUGGAGACACCGGAAACAGGCGGACCUGGACUUGGCCAAGGGAGACUUUGCUGCCGCUGCGUCCAAUUUGCAGAUAUGCCUGUCAGCCCUGGGCCGAGCACUACCUGCCUCUCGUUUGGAUUUGGCCUGUGGCCUGUCCUGGAACGUGAUCCGAUACAGUCUCCAAAAGCUGGGAUUGGUGCGGUGGUUGCUGAAAAGAACAUCACGGCAGAGGCGAACAACAGAGGCUCCUGUGGGUUUUGAGGAUGAAGCCAAGACAAGUGCACGUGAUGCGGCUCUAGCGUAUCAUAAGCUCCAUCAGCUCCAUAUAACCGGUAAGCUUCCAUGCAGCUCAGCCUACUCAGGAUUGCACAUGGCACUAUGUGCUGUUAAUCUGGCGGAAUGUGCUGAGGAGAAGAUUCCACCAAGCACAUUGGCAGAGAUUCACCUGACUGCUGCAGUUGGCCUGAAGACCCGCUGUGGCGGCAAGCUGGGCUUUUUGGCGAGUUAUUUCCUAAGUCAGGCUCAGAGCUUGUGCAGUUCCGAGCGCAGUGCCAUCCCUGACUCCCUGCGCUGGCUGUGUCAUCCAUUAGGACAAAAGUUUUUUGUAGAGCGGAGCUGGACAGUGAAAGCUGCUGCCAAGGAGAGCCUGUACUGUGCACAGAGGAAUUCAGCUGAUCCCAUUGCACAGGUGCACCAAGCAUUUUGUGAGAACCUGCUGGAGAGAGCUGUUGAAUCCCUUGUGAAACCGCCUGUCCCCAGAGGGAUUACAGGGCCAGAUGAUGAAGAGCCCUGUGAAUUUGCUAAUGCUUUGGAAUAUCUGAAGUUACUUGGCUCCUUCAUGGACUCUUUGGGAAGCGGUACACCGCCUUUCACAGGAAAUUCUGUAUUGAAGUCUGCCCCAGGGCCUGAUGUGGUCUGCAGGUGGUGGUCAUCAGCCAUCACUAUGAUAAUCAGCUGGCUCAGGGGUGAUGAUGCUUCUGUGAGAUCACAGUUCACCAAUGUGGAGCGCAUUCCUAAAUGUCUGGAGAUGACUGAGAGUGCCCUUGUGAAAGCUGUCUUUCAUGUGUGCAAAGCCAUGAAUGUUUCCUUGUCAAGUAAGGCAGACGGGCAGCAGAGCUCCUUUCAUCACAGUGAAAGAGCCAGCACUCAUCUUUGGAACAGCCUUAACAUGAGCAGUGGAGUCUCAAGCACAGGCCUAAACAAUAUGAUUCAGCUGCUGUCCUGUGACCUGCUGCUGUCUCUCCGCACCACUCUGUGGCAGAAACAGAUGAACACGAGCCAGGCCGUGGGAGAGACCUACCAUGCUUCUGCUUCUGAGCUUACUGGGUUCCAGCGUGAUCUUGGCAGCCUGCGAAAACUGGCCCAUAGUUUUAGGCCUGCUUAUCGAAAGGUGUUCCUGCAUGAAGCUACUGUGCGCUUGAUGGCGGGGGCCAGCCCCACACGCACUCAUCAGCUGCUGGAGCAUAGCCUCAGGCGCCGAACCCCCCAGAGCAGCAAGCAAGGUGAACUGGAUGCUCUUCCCGGUCAGAGAGAGCGAGCGACAGCAAUCCUCUUGGCCUGCCGCCACCUGCCCCUCUCCUUUCUGUCAUCCCCAGGCCAGCGAGCUAUUCUGCUGGCGGAAGCAGCCCGUACUCUGGAGAAGGUUGGGGACAAGCGUUCCUGCAAUGACUGUCAGCAGAUGAUUGUGAAGCUGAGUGGGGGGACAGCCAUCGCCGCCUCUUAACCCCGGCAGAAAGAGGGGCAUACUGCAGCUUCCCAUGGGACUAGAUUCCUGCCCCUUUAUACACCCUCCUUCCCUCUUGAACACUGUUCUAGGUUACGACCGUGGACAUUUCCUUAUGCUAGACACAGUUGGGUCUUGGAGUAAACUUACCUUUUUUAUGGCUAGUAGUGAAGUCCUCCAAGCACAAUAGGAUGCCUACAUUGGAGAGUGGUUUUUGUCACUGGCAGAGAGAACCUACAGAGCCUUAGAGUAGAGAAGCACCCCUUUCCCAUUUGUAGAGGGGCUGGGUCCAGGAAGCUUGCUCUUCUACCUUUUCACGUAACAAUUUAUGACCAGAACCUAUUUGGGGACCAUGUGCUGUGGAGGCUGCAAAGAGGUUUCCGGACCCCUUUUCCAGCAUCUGGGAUGGCUCUUGAUCCACUGUGGGUCAAAUCUUAUGUGCUGAGGCAGACCCAGAGAGGAUCUAGCUAUGGUAACUUUUACUGGUCCUCCCUGGUGUUAUUUUUUUAAAAUCAAAGCCUUUCUAUAGAUUCUACGUUUCUUGGAGGGCUUUGGGCGGUAAUGCCGGCUCUCCUGGAGAAGUGUAUCACUGUUUUUAUGCAAUUUGGGGGUUUUAUAGCAAUGUUUUGUGGCUUUACAAACUGUAGGGAUAACAGUGAGGGUGUUUUUAAUCUCUUCUGUCUCCUGCCUCUUACCCUUCCCUUUGUGUGUCUCUCUGUCUCCUGUCGGUCUGCAGCACUGUCGCUAGCCUCGGGAUUGAGCCUUCUUUCUGUGUGCUGCCUCAUGGAUAACGGAAAGGAGAAGGCGCAAAAUAUAGUUUAAGUUAAAAAAAAUAUACUGGGAAUCUCUUUCUUACAUAUUAAUUUCAAUGGCACUUUCUUCCAUGUAAGUGUGUUUAGGACACAGCCAUCAAAGACAGAUUCGGAGCGCGCCUUGCAUUACUACCCUAAGUGAACAUAGCUCUGUUCUGCCAUUUCUCUGGAUGUUUUGGGGGAAGCCAUGACAGUGAAGCAGCUCUAAAGAUGGUUUUAUACGUGUAGGGUGCGUGGGGGACUUGAGAGAAUAUAGAAUGGCUGCAGCUGUGCCCCUUGUUGAGAGAACGGUUUGUAAGGAAAUGGGUUCUGCCUUUUGCAUGGAGUCUGAAUCCCACAAACCCUGUUUGUCUGCCUCGGCCAUUAUGCUUUCUGUAUCCUUGCUGUGUGUCUUGUUUUUUUCUUUCAAAAUCAAUGGUGAUUCCUCUGUUUUUGAGAACAAAAGUACCUGAAGUCUAAACUUGGGGACCCCCCCUCCCCCUGGGCCCAUGGAUCUGUAUAUUGCAUUGGACCUUGGUUUUCUUCUGCUUGUUGCUGCCCGCCCCUUGUGUAUACAGCUGGGACACUGCUGUGGAAAUAGGACUCUCAAUUAAAUUUUUCCCUGCAAGCCUCCAGCAAAUAACUUUCAGUUCAAGUAAAUGCCUUGCAUCCUAAAAUGCAUUAUCAUAGGAUGUCAAAUUUUAAAAUUCCACUCAUAGAGUGACCCUGGAUCUAAUACCGUAAUAAAAUGUUAAUUUCCACUGUAUUGUGAAGGCUGUGACAAAUUGCCUUUUCUCAAUAGUCCUGAAUAUUUUUGAACAAAGAAGAUGUGUAUUUUCUUGAAUGAAAGUUCUUUUUAUCAGUGUGUGGGUGUAUGUAGAACGUUCCAUUUAUAUCUUCUGCCUUGUUCUGUCCUCAGAAACUCGCAGUGAAAGUUCCAUUGGCUAAUUGGAUGCUACGUUGUUAGCACUGGUUGACAGGUGGGCUUGUCCCCUUGAUUUCAUUACAUUAUGAUACAGAAAAUCUUGUAUGCUUUGCCUGUAAGCUCUGUAUCUGCCAUAGCAAGAGCUGUGCCUUGGUAAAUGCAAAGGCAGUUCAGUGCAGCACACACUUGCUAAGCUGAAACCCUGUCAUCGUCUAUAGUAGAUCAGAGUACCAUCUGGUUAUCUAAGGGCACUUUCCCAUAGCAGCUCUGCCCAGUAAUAGUUGCCCGAAAUGAGAAGGGUAACAGAAACUACCUCAAUGUAAAGGGUACCUCCUAGCACAGGAAGAUUUGGCUGGCUCCGUGCCCCCAGUGCAGAACCUUCUGGUCUGUUUACAGUAGCAGCCCUCGGGGGUUGGCAAAGACCUUGCGAUCUCUGGCAGCUGAAAACGUCUCCAUCUUGAAGGUCUUAAAAGCAAGCAAUUAACCUGCAUUGCUAACUUUCUAAAUUUCCAGAUAGGGUAAUGCGUCUCCGAACACAUAUCCCAAUGAUCUUGUGGAAUACUAUGGUCAUCUCACAGUUCCAUAGAUUAAAAGCCGUGAGCCAUUCAUACUCACAAAUAGGAGCCAGGGCUCCAUCCAAGGUUGGGCAUUGCAAUCAAGGGCACAAACACGAGAAGAGGUCUCUGAGGGCAGGACUGAACUUGUGGAAUGACACAAGACAGCCUUUGUGUAGACGGGACUUCCACAGAGUAACUACGCCAGGACUGACUGUCCACCUAUUUUUGGUAUUUCUCUCUUUUCUCCCCCUGCCCCUGGCUAUGUAAGUUGCAUCCCUCACAUUCCUUUUUAUACACCUUGUUUAUUUAUGGGUCUCUUGUCUCUCAAUCUAUCCCUAUAUUGUUUUUAUGUAUAUAGUGUAAUUUUUUAUAUAUAUAUAUGAUGUGAAAAGUGUCUAUUUAUCCCAAUAAAAUUAGGCAUAUGGUUACUGUGUUGUGAGAUGAUGUCACUGGUGACGGUGUAUGUUCCAGUUGUGCAUCCUGUCCUGGGGAUGAUUGUGUGACUGCUAGCUAAUAAAGACAAAUAGU